GGGAAGGUUUACUCUCUCUCUCUCUCUCUCUCUCUCUCUCUCUCUCUCUCUCUCUCUCUCUCUUGGCUUCGUUGUCAGUCAUGAAAAGGGGACAUCGCCCUCUUCUCAUCUUCUUUCUUCCUCUGCAAGUUUCUCAUCUUCCUCCCUCCUCCUCCUCUCCCUCCUCCUCCCGGCGCCAACACCCGCCUAUGAUGAGUUCGUCUCUGCUGCUCUUCCUCCUGCUGGCAACUUCAUCUCAAGGCCUACCUUCAUGAUGGACAUGCGCGAGGUGUUAGGGGCGUCCAAGUGGUUCCUAGCAGCUGAUCUCCAGACGGUGACCUUGUCCAGUGACCAGCAGUGCGUGACCUUCGUGGUGCACUUCAUGGGCCCCAGCGCAGGUCGUCUUGAGCUGGACUUAUCCCGCGUGCUGGCUGGCCGCAAUCUGGACCCCCCACCAUCAUCAUCAGGGGCGUGUCCUGACCCGGACCGCCCCAAGAAGCUGCCCUACAGGACCUGCGGGAGCCUGGAGGAGGAGACACUGCUGGAGGACCAACACCCCGUGGGAUCUCAAGGGCGGUGUUGCCGGAGCUGGCCUCGCCUCCGCCCUGCUGCUGCCUCUGCUUCACCUCAUCGCCUGCGAUAAACCCAUCAACAUCAAGGCAUCUUGGUUUUCGCGUCCAUCCCCGCCCCCCUUAGUUCCUCUCACCCUGCAUAGGGGGCCUGUACAUUAUGUAGAUAGGAGGCUAUAAUUGUUUUAAAUUAUAGAUAUAUUAUGCAAUAAUUAUCUUUAUGCAUAUAUAUAUAAAAUGCAAUAAUGUUCGUUAUGCAUAUAUACAAAAUACAAUAAUAGUGUUCGUUUCCCUUUCCUGGAUGUGAAUACGAUGCCAGCUGUGGGGAGUGGAUAGAGAGGUUGGCGAGUGCCAGAGUGUGGAAGCUUAAACUUUUCAACAAAACCAUUUUUACUCAAAACGUGCAGUUACUCGUUUCGCUUACAAAAUACCUCGAAGACUCUCCGGAGAAACACCACGACCAUUUUCAGAUAUGAGCAAACUUAGUUUUUAUUAAAUAAAAACUAUACAUAUAUUUUUUUAUAUUAAAAACUAU